AUGGCUGAGAAAACCAACGGCCAGGGGACGAUAGCCCCAAAAGAAAGCACAUUCCGGUCCUUCACGCCGGAACAAAGCGCAAACUACGCCGCAAACCGGCUCGACUACCACCCCCGACUGUACAACAUCGUCCUCAGCCACCACCAGUCCACAGGCGGCCAGCUCAACACCGUCCUCGACGUCGGCUGCGGGCCGGGCACCGCGACGCGCUCCCUCGCCGGCCUCUUCAACCACGCCGUCGGCAUCGACCCGUCCGAGGGCAUGAUCACGACGGCGCGCUCCCUCGGCGGCGUCACCCACGCCAACAACAAGCCCAUCCGCUUCGAGGUCUGCACCGUCGAGGACGUCACCGCCCAGGCGGCCCUCGAAGCCGGCAGCGUCGACCUCCUCACCGCCGCCACCGCAGCCCACUGGUUCGACAUGGCCUCCUUCUGGCCGCACGCCGCCCGCCUGCUCCGCCCCGGCGGCACCGUCGCGCUGUGGAUCGGCGGGCCCAUCUUGGUCGACCCGUCUAUGCCGAAUGGUGUUGCUAUCCAGGCGGCCAUCGACGGGUUUGAGACGGCGCUGGAUGAUUACAUGGUGGCGGGGAACCGGGCCGCGCGCGGGUUGUAUGUCGAUUUGGUGCUCCCUUGGAUGCUGGAGACGCCCGUUCCGGAUUUUGAGCAGGCGAGCUUUGUGCGUAAGGAAUGGGGUGUAGGUGAGGGAAAGGAGCCCGCGGAUGAGUAUUACAAUAUCCAGCGGCCGGCGAAUGUGGACUCGCUGGCGCUGGUGUUCGCUACGGCCAGCCCGUAUAUCAGGUGGCGUGAGGCGAAUCCGGAUGCUGUUGGCACCGAGGCCGACCCGUUGGAGGUUAUGAGGAAGGAGAUUGAGAGGUUGCUCCAGGAUGCGGGUAUGGAUCCGAAGACGGGGGUGAUCAAGGGGGGCAUCGGAGCCGUUCUACUAAUGGUGAAGAAGACGGCGAAUUAG